AUGCCUAUUGACAUGAAGUCGAACGGAUUCGCUUUCCAGAACCACACCCAAUUCCCCAUUGCUAUAAUUGGCGGUGGUCUCGGCGGCCUUGCUCUGGCCAUUGGCUUGCUUAAGCAUGGCAUACACGUCCAAAUAUACGAAGCCGCAGCGGAAUUCUCCGAGAUAGGUGCAGGAGUUGCCUUCGGUAUCAACUCAAUAACGGCUCUGCACCUAAUCGAUCCGAAGCUACUGGAAGGCUACAAGAAACACGCGACAUUCAACGCCGAUCACCACCGCUCCAACACCUUCAUGUCAUUUCGAUGGGGCACAGAUGAGAGAAGUCAUGACGGAAACAAAGCGGGCGAUGUGAUGUGGGACCUGGACGACAGUUGGCAGCCUGAGCGUGCCGAGUCAUUUGGAGUACGAACAAGGAGCUGUAUUCACAGGGCACGCUUGCUGGCCGAACUCGUCGCGUUGCUACCAUCGGAUGUUACAAGCUUCAACAAAAGCUUCGUGGCUGCCGAUAAGCAGAACGAUGGAUUACUUAGGCUGCAGUUCACAGAUGGCACAACUGCACUGGCAAGCGCACUCAUCGGCUGCGAUGGGAUAAAGAGCAAGGUACGAGAGCUUGUAUGUGGCUCACAUACCCGUGCAAGCUACGCUGGGGAAGUAGCCUAUCGCGCUAUGGUACCCAGAGUCGAUGCUGAGAAAGCUCUUGGAGCCGACCAUGCUUUCAAUGGGACCAUCUACUGUGGUUAUGGUGGAUACAUCGUCACGUAUCCCGUCGAUAACUGCGAUUUUGUGAACAUGGUUGCAAUUCCGCAUGAUCCAGGCAAGGCCACUGUCUGGAGCCAGGACGAGUGGACAGUACCAGCGACCACCGAUGAAAUCCGUCAACGCUUCGAAGGGUGGUAUCCACCGCUGAUUGAUGUUAUCUGUGAUUACAGUAUGCCUAAUAAAUGGGCUUUGUUCGAUCUCCAACAUGAUGCGCUGUACUACAGAGACAAUAUCUGCUUACUUGGUGAUAGCGCUCAUGCAACAACACCACACCUCGGCGCAGGCGCAGGCAUGGCAAUGGAGGAUGCAUAUCUGCUUGGCAAUCUAAUCGCCUUAGUUGGAAGUGUUGCGCAUGUUGAGAACGCUUUUCGCGCAUACGACGCCGUCAGACGACCACGCACGCAAGGCUGUAUCGAGAAGAGUCGCAAAGCCGCCAUGGCAAUGGACUUCUUAGUGCCGGAACCUGUUGACGAUACAACUGCGCUGAAAAGGGCUCUUGAAGCAUCGUACAGAUGGCUCUGGCACGAAGAUCUAGAGGCGCAGUUCAUUAAAGCGAAAAAUCUUCUUUAG